AUGUGUUACUAUGGCGGAUACUAUGGAGGACUGGGCUAUGGCUAUGGUGGCCUAGGCUAUGGCUGUGGUUAUGGCUGUGGCUAUGGUGGCCAAGGCUAUGGCUGUGGCUAUGGAGGCUAUGGCGGCUAUGGUUAUGGCUGCUGUCGCCCACUGUGCUAUAGAAGGUACUGGUCCUGUGGCUUCUACUGA